ACCCAAAUCCCACCAACACUUUACUUGUAAAAUAGUAAUUCAACUACUACUAGCUACUCAAUUCUUCCAACACUUUUACCUCUUUUUUCUUUUCUUACCCCCCACAAUGAACUCUAUCACAUUAAUCCUAAUUUUCUUCAUACUAUCAUCAUUAAUCUCAUAUUUUCACAUCCCAUUUGCAUCAUCAUUAUUAUCACCAACAUUACCUUUUAGCAUUCAAGGAGAAUGGCUUCUAUUACAACCAAGCAUUGGCAUUUCAGCUAUGCACAUGCAACUUACACACAAUGAUAAAAUAAUAAUUUUUGAUAGAACUGAUUUUGGCCCUUCAUAUCUUCCUCUUUCGAAAGGCAAUUGUCGUAUCGAUCCAAACGACACUGCCCUCCAAAUUGAUUGCACUGCUCAUUCUGUUAUAUAUGACAUUUUCACAAACACCUUCCGAUCGUUAACUAUACAGACUGACACUUGGUGUUCCUCCGGCUCUGUUCUCCCAAAUGGUACAUUAGUCCAAACCGGUGGUUUCAACGAUGGUGAGCGUCGAAUUCGCAUGUUUACACCAUGCUUCGACGAUACUUGUGACUGGAUUGAGUUCCCUAGUUACUUAUCCGAACGAAGAUGGUAUGCAACUAAUCAAAUACUACCUGAUCACCGCAUUAUCAUAAUCGGAGGUAGAAGACAAUUCAACUACGAAUUUUUUCCUAAAGAAAUAUCCUCGUCUUCUUCUUCUUCGUCGAUUAAUCUACAUUUUCUUCAAGAAACUAACGAUCGAAGUGAAAACAACUUAUAUCCUUUUGUUCAUCUUUUACCAGACGGAAACCUAUUCAUUUUCGCGAACACUCGAUCUGUUUUAUUUGAUUACAAACAAAACAUGAUUGUUAAAGAGUUUCCUGAGAUUCCAGGUUGUGAUCCUCAUAACUAUCCAAGUUCAGGUUCAUCUGUUCUUCUUCCAUUAGACGAAAACCAAGCCUCGGUUGAAGCUACAAUCAUGAUCUGUGGAGGAGCACCUCGUGGAUCAUUCGAAGCUGCUUCGAAGCAAAAUAGUUUCAUGCAAGCACUUACAACAUGUGGAUUUCUCAAAGUAACAGAUUCAAAUCCUAAUUGGAUUAUAGAGAAUAUGCCAAUGGCAAGAGUAAUGGGAGACAUGUUAAUUUUACCUAACGGCGAUAUUAUUAUAAUUAACGGCGCUGGAUUAGGUACUGCCGGUUGGGAAAAUGGCCGACAACCGGUUUUAACACCGGUAAUUUUCCGUUCAUCCGAAACGGACUUAUCAAAACGGUUUAGUGUGAUGUCACCAGCUUCUAGACCUAGACUUUACCAUUCCUCUGCAGUGGUGUUAAAAGAUGGAAGAGUUUUAGUUGGUGGUAGUAAUCCACAUAUAACUUACAAUUUCAGCGGUGAAUUCCCGACGGAUUUAAGCUUAGAAGCUUUUUAUCCACCAUAUUUGUCUCCGGAGUUUGAACCGGUACGGCCAACGAUUAGAUACGUCACCAAUACUAUUUUAGGGUAUAGGGUGUUUUAUUAUGUAACAUUUACAGUAGGUAAUUUUGCUACGGGGAGUGAAGUUUCGGUUAGGUUAUUGGCGCCGUCGUUUACUACACAUUCUUAUGCAAUGAAUCAGAGGAUGGUGGUAUUGAAGUUGAUUGGAGUAACAAUGGUGAAUUUGGAGACUUAUUAUGCUACUGUGGUAGGACCCUCUACUCAAGAGAUUGCACCACCAGGUUAUUACAUUUUGUUUUUGGUGCAUGCAGGUGUGCCUAGUUUGGGUGUGUGGGUUCAACUCAUGUAGUGUAGUUUAAAUUGUUGGUUAGUUAAUUAGUUAGAAUAGAUGUUGUUUGUUUGUUAAGUAAGUAGGUAUUAGGAGGAAUGUAUUAGAUUAGAUAAGAUGUUUGCAAAUUAGUAAUUAUCAUGGAGAAUGUAUUGUGUUUAUUUGUUGGGCAGG